GUGACCGCUUUCUGUUUGGGUAGAAUGGAUGAAAGUGCUCCGAAAAGAGGUCGUGGUAGAGGCCGUGGGGGCCGUGGCAGAGGUCGCGGUAGGGGCAGAGGUCGUGGUAGAGGAAAAAAGGCGAUCAAAGUAAUCGAAAGUGACGAAGAAGUUGAUAAUUCGCAAAAUAAAAUCGUUACCGAAGAACCUACUGUGCAGGAGGAUGCCGAAGCUUCGGCACCUAAAAGUAAAUUUCAUAAUCAGAUCAGAGAGGUUCAUUUCAUUUGUUUUUGUUUGACAGUUGACUUGGAGGCCGACAUAUCACAAUUGGAAGCGCCUACGUUUACGACAAUUAAUCGAGGCCCUCCAGAACCUAUGCUUCGGCUCGAUUGGAACCACAAGGUUAACUUAAUCGGUGAAAAAGUGUUGAAUCCGAUGAUACACUGCUGUGACAAAUGUUUAAAACCGAUUCUCAUCUAUGGACGAAUGAUACCGUGCAAACACGUGUUUUGCUUAGCAUGUGGUAAGAAGGAGCAGAAGCAGUGCGCCCGAUGCUUAGACAAGGUGUCGCGAGUCGAGCAAACUGGUUUGGGAACCGUUUUCAUGUGCACACACGGAGGUACACGUUACGGCUCGUCGGGGUGUCGUCGAACAUACUUGUCACAACGUGAUCUUCAAGCACACAUAAACCAUAGGCAUGUCUCAUGCCUAAACCAACCAAUGGAAAUAAUCGAACCCGAACGUACCACAAUAGUGCGUCCGAAAACUGCAGGCGACCCUCGCACGCCGAUGUCGAUCUCCACGAACGUCCGUCAACGGCCAGUGCAACAGUCCCCAGUGCCGUCGGGCGUACGAACCAACUUGAUCACGGUACCGAUUCAAGAUUCCGUUCCGGUCGUUCACGAAACGAUAACGCCGGCCGCUUCGUACUACAACCAAUACCAGCAGACACCCAACUAUAACCAAACGCAGAUGCCCCCGCUUCACAUACCGCCUCCGCAACAGCCGCAGUACUACGCCACCGCGCCGGCGUACAGUCCGGCCCAAACUUAUCCCACCUACGGCAACAGUGCGCCGCCUGUGACGCCGCAGUACGCCGCGAAUCCUUCGACACAAACUCGACCCAAUCCCCAAUACGAUUAUACCGCCGGUCCGCCGCAAUGGACUAAUAACCAACAAUAUUAUCGUUAAUUUAUCGUACAUUUAGUAUUGUAAGUUAAUAAUAACAAAUGAAUUAUUUCUUA